CGCCAAAAGAAGUAGCUCGUCGCGAAGAGGGCUACAUUUUCGACAAAGCUCUACCCAAGAACAAACCAGUGUAUCGUCAUGUCUACACCAAUGCUAACUGAAAAGUACAGUGGUGCCCCGACUCGCCUAGCGAAAGAGGCUGCCCGCGCUCGCGACUACAUCGUUUCCAACAGGACUUUGCCCACCAGCAGCCCGCAGACAAAUGGCCUCAGGUUGCCACCAGAUGUUUCUCUCGAAACAUUCGAAACUGCAAUCAAAGAAUUACAAAAUAUUCUCGGCGAGGCAAACGUCGAGGUCAACGACAAACCCCUGAAAGAUGGCUGGUACCUUGACCACCCCAACACCCACGACACCUUCCACGUAAUACCGCAAUCCUCCCUUGUCGCCUCCGCCAUCAUCUAUCCCUCUACCGUCCCUGAAGUGCAGUCAAUCGUUUGCUGGGCCAACAAAUAUCUUCUCCCCCUCUACCCCAUCUCGCUUGGCCGCAACCUAGGCUACGGCGGCGCCGCCCCACGCGUCCCGGGCGGAGUCGUCGUCGAUCUCGGCCGCCGUAUGCACUCGAUCUUUAACAUCGACGCCGAAAACGCCAGUUGUGUCGUCGAACCGGGUGUGACGUAUUUUCGGCUGUAUGAGGAGAUACAGGCCAGAAAACUGCCACUGUGGAUCGAUACUGCGGAUUUGGGAGGGGGGAGUUUGUUGGGCAAUGCCUUGGAUAGGGGGGUGGGAUAUACGCCGUAUGGUGAUCAUUUUGCGAAUCAUUGCGGGAUGGAGGUCGUGCUCCCUGAUGGAUCGCUGUUGCGCACGGGGAUGGGGGCUAUGCCCGGCCCAGAGGGGAAGGAUAAUCCCACGUGGCAGAGCUUUCAACACGCGUACGGGCCUGCAGUGGAUGGGAUAUUUUCGCAGAGUAAUUUGGGGAUUGUGACAAAGAUGGGGUUUCAUCUCAUGCCUGCUCUGAACGAAAACGAGCAUCAGUCGUACGUAUUCACGUUUCCAAGAGAUGGGGAUUUCGAACAGAUUGUGGAUAUUAUCCGACCCUUGGCACAGAAGAGAAUUCUGGGGAAUAUCCCACAGAUAAGACAUGUAAUCCAGGAGCUGGCGGUCACGGGUAGGGGAAAAGAGACAUUUCAUGAGGGCAAGAGGCCGAUGACGGACGACGAGAUUCAUGAGGCGGCAAAGAAAACGCCGUUGGGGGAUUGCUCGUGGGUAUUCUAUGGAUGUCAGUAUGGAUCGCCUGAGUCGAUCAAACAGCAGUUGGAAAUUGUCAAGGACGCGUUCUUCAAGGUGGAGGGGUCAAAAUUCUUUCUGCCAGAGAAUGUGCCACCGGGUCAUUAUUUGCAUGAUAGGGCCAGGGUGUGUAGUGGGGUGCCCGUGUUGAGGGAGUUGGAUUGGGUGAAUUGGGUUCCGAAUGGGGCGCAUAUGGGCUUCUCCCCCAUAGCACCCACUCUUGGUCCCUCGGCCCGACUCAUCCACGAUCUCAUCCGCGCCGCCCACAUUAAGUACGGCUUCGAUCUGUUCCCAACCCUCUGCGUUGCGGGGCGUGAGAUGCACUACAUCACUAAUAUUGUGUUCGACCGAUCGGACGUAGCCAUGAAGGAACGUGCCGUGGCCAUGAUGCGCGAGAUGAUCGCCACUUGCGCCAAGCACGGGUUCGGAGAGUACAGGACGCAUCUCCUGUUUAUGGACCAGGUCGCUAGAACGUACAGCUGGGGAGAUCAGGCGCUUAUGCGGUUCAAUGAGACAAUCAAAGAUGCGUUAGAUCCGAAUGGGAUAUUGUCUCCCGGUAGGAACGGUAUUUGGCCCAAGAGGUGGAGGGGAAAGGGGUGGGAGUUGGGGACAAGGAGAGAGGGAGAACGGAGCGUGUGA